UCCACUCCUUUUUUGCCUUCUUCUCUCCCUGCCCCGCCGCUCUGCUUUGCCCUUGUCGCCCUCUUUGCCCGCCUAGCACGUAUUUGUCCCGUACUCGGCCUCACCUCUGACAGGCGGUAUCGAAUAUCUGGCACGACUUGCCCUCUCGCCAGGUUGCUGCGCGUGCGCUUCUGUUCGCAACGCAUCACAAAGAGUCGCCCUUGAGCACGAUUGCACAUGACACAAGCGCACAGCUCCUCAUAACCGGCGCCGUCAUCUGCUGCUCCACUAUCAGCAACGCGACACCUUAGGUCGACAGCGCUGCUCCGCCAUAUCGAGACCGCCUUUAUCGCCCUGUAGCAUGCCAGCUGUCUCCCGAAUAUGGCUUCGGAGCUGCUCAACCACGCCGCCCAUGGGGCAGACGCGGCCCUGUCUGAACAGCCCGUCGUCAACCUCCAGGUCGUGUCGCCGUCAGUAGGCGUUAGCCGCCCGCUGCUGUUCCCUGGCCUUCCGGCUGCUACCACCGUCAAGCAGCUCAAGGAGAGGAUUCGCCAGUCGCUCCCCCUGCGACCGUCUGACGAGCACCAGCGACUCAUCUACCGCGGCCGAGCGCUUGUGCGCGAUGCCGACAGUCUGCAAGACGUCUUUGGCGCCGAAGCUAUUCGGAGCCCCGACCAGCAAACGAUCCAUCUUGUCCUUAGAGACACUGCCGACAACGUGUCCUCCUCGACUCCGCCUUUCUUGUCCAGCACCCAGAGCCCGGCUCUGGGAGCACAGUCCGCCAACUCCCAGCGACAGACGCCGCCGCAUGCCGCCUUUAUGGGGCCGCCUCCGCCACCGGGCAUGACAAGGAGAUCGGUGCUGCAGCCGACGCCAACUGCGAAUCUGGCCCAACCUCGCAUGCCGUCGCCGGCCCGUCCCCACUCACCAGCUCACACUCCUGAACAGGCGGCAGCUUUCCAGCAGCAGCAUCAGAGCAUGACACAAUGGUUGACGCAAAUUCAGAGGGAAGCCAUGGCUCGCAUGGUCAGCCAGAACCAGCGCGGGAGAGCUCACAUGGGCAUGCGUGGCGUAGGCGACACUGCACCUGUGAAUCAUGGGGGAUACGGUUCUGACAAUAGCGGGCGGGCCAGCCCGGCGCCCACGCAUACCUUCUACCGCGAGACCGUGGGACCCAACGGUCAUGGCUUCCAUGUCGAGACCAUUGUUCGGAAUGGGGCGGGUGCCGCUCCAGCGACAUCUGCGCCGCAACACGGCGGACUGACUCCCACCGAAGUCCACAAUAUCCUGCGCGGGGCGGAUACGAACCAGGCGCCCAUGUCCGUGGCAAACGCGCUUCACCAAAACGGCUUGCGCCGAAGCGCCUCCAGCGCCUCGCUUCACAAUCGCGCACUCAACCAGCCGGGAAUCACCACCUCGGUCUUUGCCAACAGCGGCUCUCGCGCCAGCAGUGGUCGAGGCACGCCGGAUCUAGGAUUGCGAUCGGUAUCUGGCACGUUGAAUCCUGCCGUUGCCUCCGCGCCCUCACUCACCCCGUCUCACCCGCGGCAAGGAGUCGAGGUGUACAUUCUUUCGUCUCCCGAGGGACCCCGGGCCCUCCUUUUCAACGGUGCCGUGGCAGAGGCCUAUUAUACCCCCAGAGUGUAUAUGCCACCAGCCCAUCAUCAGCUCCGAAAUCGGGCCAGCUUCCCAAACCUGGUCCAUGGAAUGCCAGUCCAUGGGAUGCCGGUCCAUGGGAUGCCGGUACAUGUGAGAGACAACCUUCUUUCAACUCGCACCAUGAGGCAGCCCACCCACGGCCACCACGCCUCAGCCGAACAACAGCAACCGCAGCAGCAGCAGCAGCAACAGGCGCCACAACCACGGCAGCAGCCACAGCAACGACAGCAAGACCAGCAACCACGAAUAGUCCCUUUACACGCUGGCAACCCUCCGGCAAUCGGGCUGCCGCAGUUGGUGAUGCAGCUGGCUCCCCACCUUUGGCUCCUGAUACGCCUUGCGUUGUUUGUAUGGUUCUUUACAUCUCCCAACGCUAGCUGGUCGAGAUGGUUGACGAUAGUUGCUCUUGCGCUGUUCGUCUUCAUCCUUAGCACUGGCUUGUUGGCCGGCGUUGCUGAGCAGGCAUGGCGACCACUGGGACGGCAUCUCGAGCACGUCUUUCCUGCUAUGGACCCUGGGCAUCUCGGAGGACAAGGAGCAGCUGCUGGACGCGAUGGCGCCCCUGAAGCGGACCAGAAUGCAACACCUGACCCUGCCCAGAUGGCCGCCCGGCUGGUUGCGGAGCGUCGAGGUCAAGAAUCCUGGAUUGCCGGGCAGCUAAGGCGACUGGAGCGAGCUGGCCUCCUCUUCCUUGCCAGCAUUGCGCCUGGCGUUGCAGAACGACACAUUGCCAACCUGGAAGCCGAGGCCAGAGCCCAAGAAGCUAGACGCCGAGAGGCCGAAGCCGCGGCGGCAGCAGCAGCAGCAGCAGCAGCAGCAACAGCGGCCGCUGCUGAAAGUAGUGCCAAUCAGGAGAGCGAAACUGUGCCUGAGACGAAUGGUGAGCUGCCGCAGCAGCAAACCGGAGACCCAUAUGUGCAGGACAGUCAUCACAACAUGGAGAGGGAUGGGGCUGUUCGAGAAGAAGUCACCGCUGCAUGA